AUGGCAUGCCACAGUGCCAGUAUUGCUGACGGUUUGCCUCCGACGAUCUUCAUUGAAGCUUUUCAACCGGACUGGGCUGAGCUAGAUGCCAACGUCACUGAUCCAAAUCAACUGGCACUGAGGACUAAGCUCUUUCAUAUUCAGACGACAGCAUUAUGCAAGAUCGUUCCACACUUCAUGGCGAGCUCUGAUGAUUCGACGCUAGAAGCACUGAUUGAGUUGUUCGACUCCCAGACCCGCAUGCUGCAACCACAAUUGCGAAGCGGUCUUGACGUAUUGACCAUGUAUUGCGUUAGGCUACAUGUAUGCGUAUCUCGCUGCAUGCUCGCAGAUCACUACCGAUACCUUAGCGGGAUGAUUGAGCUGUACGGAAUAGCGAUAAAUGUGAUCGAGAAAUUCGCAGAGCUGGACGCUGACACAGACUACGCACACUAUGCCAGCUUCUAUCACACGCGGACUUUGUUGCUCGCAGCUUAUGUGGUCUUGAAGCUGCAUCGGACGCCACCAGAGCUAAGUAUUGAUCGAGGACUCGGCGAAAGCUGCUACUUCAAAGUGAUCGCCCUUCUCCGGAAGAAAAGCCUUCACAGCACAUUUGAAGCAGACCUCGAUCUGAAAGCGGCUGUCCUUUUGACCCAGCUGUGGUCCAGCACAACGGUCUUCCGCAACGCUCAAGGUCACACAGAUAGUCUGAGCGUACGGAUCAGAAGCCGUAUGAGUAUGAAUGUAUUUUUCGACUGUGCGUGGUGGUGGAGACAGGAGUUUCGUGAGGAGCCAGACCCUUUCGCAACGGCGACCCAAGCAAUGGAUAUUGACCAACUGGCGAACUUUCCAGACUUCGUGUACGAUGGGAACUACUUCGGUCUAUAUGGUGAUGCCCUUUCCAUGCCUGUGUCGCAUGGUUGGACUUAG